UUUUCAGAAGUGUGGAUGGAGUAGGAUGAUAAAAAAUGUAACCUGGAAUGUGCGGCUGGUUAGCCAUGAUCAUUCGACAGAAAGCAUUUGUUCUUUUUCUGGGCUGCGUCCUACUCACAAGUCUUUUCAUGAUUCUUAUUCCUGCCAGGCGACAUAGGAGCCUUAAAACCUUAGUUCAGGAGACUCAGGAUACAAUAUUGAACCUGAGGGAGAAUAUAAUAUCUGCUGGAGAAAAUCUAGACACUGGACGUGUAUCCUUACAACCAGAUUCUCAAUACCUUACUCAGCUAGGACUAGUUCCAAGUUCUUACUCCAGUAAUAGUGAAGAGAAUACAGAUGAACUCCUGGUGGUAUCUGGAGUUGAACCGGGAACUGCAAACCUUGUUCCAGGAUUUGUUCGAUCUUUGGCCCAACAUCAACCAGAUGCAAGUAUUCUUAUCUACGAUCUAGGAGCGUCCAGGUAUGAGAAGGAAUUAAUGAACAAGAUCUGCAACUCCAGUCUGUGUACAAUUACUGAGUUUGAGUUCAGCUUAUGGCCGAACCACGUCAAGGAUUUUAAACUCAAAGCGUACAGACCUAUCGGAGUACAGCUGGCUCUAAAAGAGAAGAAUCUUGUUCUUUGGUUGGAUAUAGAUUACAGGCUUAACACUAAUGACCUAAGUUCCUGGUUGAGAAAGGUGAAAGAGUACGGAGUAGUUGCCUGGUCCCAGGAUCCGUUAACUAAAGAUGGUUUGAAAUCUGAAAAACUAGGUGCUACCCCUACCACUUCUUUAACCCACCCUAGGAUGUUUGAAUACUUUCCUCACGUUAAAAAGGAGGAUUUUGAGUUCCAGCAUAUGGUAUCAGGAGAAUGUUUAUUGUUCUCCUCUGUUUUCCCUUCCUCCUCUCCCUCCCCCUCCCCGUCCUCCCUCUCCCCCCUCGCAUCGGGCCUCAUCCUCCCCUGGAUAAAGUGUGUCCUUAUUGAGGAUUGUAUCAACCCUAUUGGAGCUCAGUCAACAGGGUGUAGGUUUGAUAAGAAGCCUCAAUAUAGAUAUAGUGGGUGUCAUAGCUAUGAUGUAUCGGCUUUAAAUAUAGUGCUAGGAAGCAUGUUCCAGUUUCGUGAGUCAAGAUAUUUAAGUCAAGUUCCUUUUUUUCAAAGAAUUAACUUGGAGGAGUCCAUUCAGUCCUCACCUUAUCUUAAUAUAUCAGAUUAUGGUCUAGCAUAGAACUCUCCCAACCUACAGGGGCUUUUUUUCUUUCUUGAAAUUGAAUAACUUUGGCAAUUUCAUCAUUUGUCGAGAAAUUUUCGAAUUUUUUUUUAAAUUAGAAAAUAUAGCAGAAACUAUUGUAAAUGGAUGAUGAAGCUGUAACUUAAUGUUGCUUAUUAUUUAUAUUACGAUAACAACCCCUCACUCGGUAUAAAAACCUAGUCAUAAAUAUUAAAAUCUAACCUAGUCAAAAUUGAUAAAAUUUAGUAAAUUACGAUCUCAGCCCAGUUGAUUAAUUGAUUUGAUUAUUUGAUUAAAUGUCACAACCCUAAUCUAAAUGCUUUUUGCUCGCACAAUUGAUUAUUUUUUAUAUAAAUGUAUUUGGUAGCUUUGUAAUGUAAUAUUUUACUAGUCUGCAUGUUGACUUAUUAUACAGUCACUAUAUCGUAUCUGAUGAUGUAUUUUAUGAUGAUAUAUCGAUUGGACUAAUGAUCAAGUAAAGUGUCAUUAAAUUGCACUGAAACGUCAGCUGUUCAAAAAAUGGUUUGUAAUUAAUUUGAACAUUAUUGCACAUGAACAAAAAUUAACAAUUAUCUUUAAUGUAGUCUUUAGUCCUUUUGAACAUUAGUCCAAACAAACGAUAGUUCAAUCGAUCAUUAGUCCAGUUGAUACGACACCUAUUUUUGAUCAGUAUUGAGAUGCUUUCUUCUAUUGUUAAUUUUAUAUGUGAAUCUAAAUACAGAUUAAUCCACAUUAUAAAUUGCACAAAAUGCUUUAGAUUUUGUAGCUAUAACAAGUUUAGUCAUUUCGCUAAAAGAAAAUCUAAAUCUGUAUAUGGAUUUUAAAAUUUUUGCAAUCAUUAAAAGUAUGAACAUGUGUAAAUUGACAUUCCAGUAUAUUUGGAGGAGCUCUGUACUUACCUUCAAAACAAUGGUUCUAGAGAGGGUAGAAUAACAACUGAUGAUGUUUUCAGCUUUUAACAUUUUGGUUUGUGUUGGUCUAUUGUAAUUGCAAAUAAGAUUGAACACCGUAGAUGUUUCUGAAGCUUGAUAUAAAUUAUUGUUUAAUUCUAGUUUUUAAUUAAAACAGAUUUCCACAUCACUGAAUGAUAUUAAAAAAUUUGUUUUUGAAAAUAGAUUUUUAGCAUACAAAGUGUCAUCCAUGAAUGAAAGGUAGCUAAAAAUGGUUGCAUGGCUCAAACUUGGUCGUGUUGCUGGGAUCAUUUCGCCGAACUUCAACAUUUUAUUCAUGAACGGCAAAAACAUUAAACAAAUCCGGGCUGAA